GAGUGUCGGAGCUUUUGCAGCAGGGAACCCGCAGACACUGCGCAACCAUAGAAUUUAAUUCAGCAUCUUACCGAUCCUGGGAGAACUACGAGACUGAGCGGGGAUACAUUACAAUAGCUGCGACAUGCAACUUUGCGUUGCUUAAACGGUGUACGCAAAGGCUCUGCCUUGCACUGCAUUCAUUUAUUCCCUUGGAGAAACCCACCAGACAAUGCCACAGCAUAGUUUCCCCAUCUCCCUUCGUCAGUAUUAGCCUAAUCAAACUGUUGUGCUUUGCAUUUGUUUCGGACGCAUGCUGGCACAGGUUCUGAUGGUGACAUAUUUUGACGGUGGAAAGGUGCCCAGGGUGGAUUUGCAGAUACGUGAGCCAGUGCCUCAAAAGUUCAAAUUGUGUCUCGUCUCUCAAGUCUGCAUUGCAUUAGACGAGACGUCCAUACCCUGAAGUUAAGGUGCACGCCAUGGGCAGAUUUGCAGCAAGGUGCCCUGAGAACAGCUUCGUAUAAUAAACUUAAAGUAAUUCCCAGGACUUCUUCACACUAACAGAUUAAAACCGCAGUCAUGCACGGGUCUCACCUUGUUUUCAUCUUCAUAGCAGGUUCCUCACUCCUCCUUGGUUCCUGUGAGGAGGUCAGCAAAAGGCCGGGUCUUUCCACUUCGCUCAGCCGGCCCCCGAUGACUGAAUCUCUUGAUUCAGCAGAGCAGGCUGACCUCUCUGCUCUCGAGCCAGAUGCCUCCAACAUCCCAGGGUUCCUCACUGGUUCUCAGGAGUCUGGCUUCUCCAGUGAGGAGAAUGAAGACCCUAGGGAGUCUCAGCCCCAGUACUUCUGGGAUGAAGGAGAAGGAGGUGAGAUGAAUAACACCAGCUUGGAUCCUGAUUCCCAGGAAGGCUACAGCCCAUCUUCCUUCCAGAAUGUGCCACUCCAGACACCAAGUGAUCUCAACUCCUCCUUUGCACCCAUGGAGCCAGCUGAACCGAUUGAACCCCAGCUCUCUGGUCCUUCUGCUCAGGAGCUGUGGGACCUUCAAGGCGAGUCCAGCUCCAGUCAGUCGGAACUCCACUACAGCCUGUCCACUGAUCCUGGCUCCCUCUUUGAGACCACUCAGACAGAGGCCAACUCCAUUACUGAGGUCUUCGAUCCAUGGAACCAUGACCCCCACAUCACUGUGUCUGUUCCUUAUGAGGCUACUCACAGAGCUCACAUGGAUCCUGGUGCCCUGUCACCUUCAGCAGCCACCCAAGCUGACCUGGGCACAUCUUCUGAGAGCCCUCCUGCAGAUUAUUCAGCAGUUGUUGGGGACGACUUUCUAGAAGAGGUUUCCAUGGUUACAGCAGUGCACAAAGAAGCUGAGAGGAAGACCAGUGAAACCAGACUCAGUGGCACAGUUAGCAGACAUGCAGUGCCCUCCACAAGCUUCACUCUGAUUCCAUGGCAGGGUGCACGUACUGUAACGGAAAGCACAGAGCCACACUUCAUGCAGGAAGAGACCACAGUGUCCUUUGCUGGGAAUGAACAUGAGGAAACAGCUCUGUCUCAGGAAUCAGUGCAGGUUAUUUGUACGGACUGGAGUGAUCUUACCGGGAAAGGUUAUGUCAUCCUCAACAUGUCGGAAAACGUUGACUGUGAUACAUUCCGGGUGGAAAGUGGGGACAGGCUCCUGGAGAUGCUGGAAAGUGCUUUCUCUAGGAAGAUGAACAGCCCCCAGGGAUCCUGGUUUAUUUCCCUCACCAAGCCUAACCGGCAAGACAAACAGCUGUUGAUGACUCUGGCCAGUGAACAAGGAGUUAUUCCAACAAAAGAAGUGCUGUCGAUGCUUGGAGAAAUCAGGAGAAGUUUAUAUGAGAUUGGCAUCCAGAACUACACCAGUGUGACUAGCUGCCAGUCCCAACCUAGUCAGACACGUAGUGACUAUGGGAAACUCUUUGUGGUGCUGGUCAUUAUUGGGUCUGUCUGUGUGGUUAUCAUCGUAUCCGGUCUCAUCUACAUCUGUUGGCAGAGGCGUCUUCCAAAGCUAAAAAACAUGUCACAUGGCGAAGAGCUCCAUUUUGUGGAGAACGGUUGCCACGACAACCCAACCCUGGACGUCGCAAGUGACAGCCAAUCGGAGAUGCAGGAGAAGAAGCCCAGUGUAAACGGGGUUGCUGUGGAUGGUGGCGGUAGCUGGCAUGUCUUAGUUAAUAAGUCAGCGAAAGAGGAUGCAGAAAACCUGGAGGAAGACACCCAUCUUUAACAGGAAAGAACUAGACCACAAAGGUGAUGUGUUUUAGAAGACACGUCCUUAAACUGUUCUGAAACACAUCUACUUAAAUAAGACUGUGAGCUUAUUAGCAUUUGAGCAAGUAAAAUUAUAAUAUCAGCACCAUUAGAAAUAAAGACUUCAACUGCUUUGCUUUGGGUGUGGGGGGAGAGAGGGGAGAAAUCUGCUACUCACCUAUAUUUCUGAAUAUUCAAAAUGCCAGAAAGAUAGUCAUCCAUGGACCUGCUUCUGUCCACAUUGUCAGAAGAGAGACAGGGAGCUAUCAAAAGCUGAAUUAGUUUUUAAAAGUUUUACUUUUUCAUGGCACAUUGUAGGUGUUGCAUUUUUGAAACAGGAUUACCACUAAUGUUAGUUUAUGAAACAUUAUGGCUCUGGUGGAAUAGCUGCAAUCAAAAUGGACUUUUCUCCUUAGAAAUACGCAGAAACGAACAUUUGGAUUUUGUUGUUCUUGCACUUUUGCACACAUUGACAGCUUCAGGCAUUUGAACUGGUAAGAAUGUUUUCUGUAAAUGAAUUUAGAACUGAAUAUGAGCAGAUGAGCAUGGACAAUGAAAUAGUCUAGACUAGAUGCUUGUAAUCUACUACUUGUGAAUGUAAUCUGAAAAUAAUACAAAUAAUUUCCCAUAAAAUCACAAAUUACUUUUAAUGAAAAGAAUAAGGAAUUCAAAAUAUUUCAACGACAUAAUGGUAAUUCGGACUGAAGAGGUUUGUACACAAUUUUGCGUAUUCCUCAGGACAAUGUCAAUAUCAUUGAUUUGUCACCACAUGAUCUGAGAAACAGAAAAGUAACAGAUAUGGCUUAGUUUACUGAAAAGUCUGUGGUUAACUAUCCAGACUUUAAAGCUGUUUUACUAAUUUUGUUGAAAUAUUUGACUGCUAACUACAGAAAGCUUAGUAGCUCUGCCCUGUUUAGGGUGAUCGAUGUUACGACAGGCUAUUGGCUUAGUACUGUUUUACUUAGUAGGCAGACAGUUUGGCCUAGAUUUAGACUCACUGCACUUUGCUCUGACCUUCCGGGCUUCACAACUCAGAAGUGUCCACUAAGCACAUACUGUACACUGCAGGAUAAAAAAAAGAAUCUGUGUAGAUAUUGACCUCAGUUAGUGUAUUUCUAUCUCGUUUUGGUCCUGGAUAGAAUUAAAACUGAAUACAGAAUUCAUUAUUUAAAAACCUGAAAUUAUAUUUAUCAGUUUUCAUGUGAAUCGAGUACUCCGGUUAAUGUUAGAAACAUUUUAAAGCGGAAUGCCAAUAAAUGUUAGGGUGACAGUGUUGGUUAUGAGACUACUGUUGGCAGAGACAUUGGUAACACUGAUCCACAUCAUUAGAUGCUGGUUGCUGUUUUUGUGUUUCACUCUGAAUGUGAAUGGAAAACAAGACUAGAGUGGAAACUACAUGAAAAAAGAAAGAAAUGUAUAAUAAAACAGAAAUUGAAAUUGAACUGCUGUGUAUAUCAGUCAUUCAAGUACAUGCAUUAAAUUAUACACUGUCGCUGUGUUUGAAUAAAGAGAUCUCGACAGCAGGUACACCUGUUAUAAAACUGAGUAAAACAUCAAAGUUUGGUUAUAAUUUGUACUGUACUGUUGUUGAAAUGUAAUUUAAUCAUAGUAGGAAAGCAACAGAAUACAAAGUCCCAAAUGCCAUAAAAACAAACUAUACUGAAUAACAGGCAAGCGAAAUAAUUUUUCCAAAUAUUUUUUCAUUGGCAUGUGGAGCAGUCAUUACAGACAAUUUACAAACUCCUGUUAUUCUUCAGGGGUGUACAUGUUUAAAUUAAUUUAAAUAAGUGGCCUGGUUUUCACAUUUGGGCUGAAAUGAUAAACUAAUGUUAUCACUAAAUCUGAUGUGGUUUGGCUGCUAAUUAGUUUAUUCUAUGCUUCUUUCUUAUGGUACUGUUACCAUAUUAAACCCAUUUAAGGCUAUGUCAAUGUUCUGAAAGCUUUUAAAAUAUGGCACAUGAUUAGAGAUUCUUAAGAUUUUUUUGUCAGAGCCUUUCUGAACUGCACUGAUUUUCUGUAAAAUGAGUAAUUCACGGUAAAGCGUCAUGAAAAUUAUCCAACAGAGAAACUAUAGAAAAAGCAGAUGGAUUUUAAAUACUCAUCUAGCAUAAUCUAGAGCCUGAGGCCUAUUAGUACAUACGUUAAGCAUAUCUCUUUGUAAGGUAAAGUGAACAGUAAUUGUAGCAAAAGAUAGGGUGAUGAUUACAACUGGAAAAAAGUUGCUCACUUUUGAAGUGAAACUCUUAAGUUUGAAAAGCACCUUAUUUUAUUUAAUAAAUGACUUUGAAUCUUUGACUUUUUGUGUGGUGGUUGUGUAAGCUUAAAACCAUACACAUAAAACUAUACCAUUUUGUAGCAAUAGGAAUCUUCUGUAGCAUAUGCCUAUUGAACAUCACAAUUUUUAACAUGCAAGAUUCUUUAAGACAAACAAGGAAAUACUGUCUUAUUGCAGAAACCUUCUGAUCAAAUGUGUUACUUUAAUUUUUUUUCAGAAUGUAAUAUCACAUAGUGUAUUUUAUUUACAUAGUUUUUUUGUAAAGACUGUAGGUAGGCUUGUUUGCCUUGGUGUCUGAAUCUUUUCUCCUACUGUUGACUGUUUACCAGAUAGCAGGAGCUAAAGGCCAUUGUCUCAAGUCUCUUGAGUUGCGUGAUAGAGUAAAAGUAAGCUGUUUUUGCCUUGGACAAAAGAUUGUGUUUCAUUAUUCAGUGUUAUAUUAUUUCUAACUUUUUGUUAAAUCCAAAGAAAAAUGAGACCUUAAAUAAGAGGUUCUGGGACUCCUGAGUGACUCAACCUGUAAAGCCACUCACCUGAACACUGGUUGAGGUACUAUGAUGUGGAGGUUGUGAGUUCUAGCUUGGGUCAUGUUACCCACCCACUGUGAUAGGGAUUCAUCAAGUGGUGGCACACAACUGGUUUGAACACCAACACAUUAAGGAUGGGGAUUAGUCCAGUGGUUCUCAGUCAUUGCUAUGAGAGAACCACUCCAUCCUCUGAUUUGUGUUCCUGCCAGGUUCUUUAUUUUUGGCAAACAGAUUUCAGUUUUGAAUUUGGUUUUUUAAAGUUUCUUUCAAGGGGUUUGCAAUGUGCCGGUCCCUGAGUUCUAAAAUUCCCCUCAUUCAGGUGUUAGCAGCUGAACUGGAGCAACUGGAGAAGUAGAAAUCGGGAGUGUUUUGUCAUUAUCAUUCUUACUUGUGUCUACUUAUCAUAAAUUGUAAAUAGGUCAGAAAUAAAGAAAUUGCAGAUCACCAAGUUGAGGAGCGACUGCAUGCUCUGUAUGCUGAAAUUAUUAGAAGUGAUAACUAAAGUUGUUUUUUUAGUUAGGGUCUCUUAUGAUUGCAAAAAAGCCUAAACUAGCAAUGGGAGCAAUUGCAUGAAUCAAUUCGUGGCAAUGAUUAAGGGCCCAGUUGGAACGAAAACCAGUGCACACAGUGGUCUUCCUAGGAUCAGGAUUGAGAACCAAUGGUUUAGUCAUUGGGCACUGGUAUGGUGACUCCUUUCACUUUCCAGUGUAAAUGGGCCUCUUCUCCAAUCAGUGCUGUCGCUCCUACACCAGGACUGCGCUGUAAUAAAAGAUGAGAGAGACUUAAAGGUGGGGAUCUGAAGGCACUUGUCUUCACUUUCUCAUUCUGCUCCAUAAUCUUUUGGAAGGUUUGUAGGUGUGAAAUUUUCACACACAUGAACAAUAUACAAUUCUCUAUUCCAGAUUGGGUCGAGUAAGAAUAAAAUAAAUUAUGACUUAUAUAAAUGAUAUACAAAAUUCUGAUUCGCUCCCAAAGGAAAGAGGAGCGAACACUGAAAAUAAUGUGGUCGAUUGUGUAAAUUCGAAAGCUUUGAGUGCUGUAGAUUUUCUUUUUAAAUACACAGUGCUCUAUGAUGCCUUUUUAAUGAUUGCAGUUUGG